CCAUGGUCCAUGAAAUCUGAUGACAGUGAUGAUGAUUUGAUCAUCAUGAAUCGAUCAUAAAAGAUAAUCUGUUAAUAUUAUAAUAUUAAUAAUAAUGAUAACUCGUCAUCAUGAUCAUACGACCAAAUACUGUUGAAUACCUAGAUCUAUACUUCAACGAUAAUAAUAAUUAUUAUUAUAUUAAUGAAAAAUCCAAAUGUCUAAAUCUCCUUACCAUAAAAAGUCGGUUAUUUUAAAAUAAAAUUGAUUUAAAAUGUACAUUUUUGUAAUGAUAGCUUAAGCUGAGGCUAAAAACUAAGCUCUUGAAUUUGAAUGAAGUAGCUCUAGUGACUCUAGUCCAGUGAUGGUCAAACUUUUUUUAGAAGCAGACCAAAAACUCAGAGGAAAAAAAUUGUCAGGUAUUAACUCUCACUGAAAGAAAAUAAUUUGAGACUCUAAAAAGAAAAGCAGUUGUUUUUUAUUUUGUAUCAACUCACUUGACUUAAGCAACUUAUUCUUGAUGUUAAUUGUCUGGAAAUGCCAGAGAUAGAUAAGACAAAGAGAAUAGGGCGAUGGUACUUUGGAGGGGUUGCCAGCGCCAUGGCUGCCUGCUGCACCCAUCCACUCGACCUUUUAAAAGUCCACUUACAGACCCAGCAAGGGGGGAAAGUAAGCUUAGCACAAAUGGCAGUCAAAGUUGUCAAGAAUGAUGGCAUUAUGGGCUUAUAUAAUGGUAUAUCAGCAUCAUUGUUACGACAGAUGACAUAUUCAUUGACAAGAUUUGCAAUUUAUGAAACCGUAAAAAAAGAGUUAACUAAAGAUGGACGAAACAUGCCCUUUUAUGAAAAAGUUGGUCUUGCAUCUAUAGCUGGUGCCUCUGGAGGAUUUGUUGGAACACCUGCUGACUUAGUGAAUGUUAGAAUGCAAAAUGAUGUCAAAUUACCUGCGGCAGAAAGAAGAAACUAUAAACAUGCAAUAGACGGUUUAUAUCAAGUUGUCAGCAAAGAGGGUACUUUUAAGGCCUUCAAUGGAGCCACGAUGGCCUGCAGUCGAGCAGUGUUUGUAACAGUUGGGCAACUUGCUUGCUAUGACCAGCUCAAAAAUCUGCUGCUUAAAACUGGUUUCUUUGAAGACAAUUUGUAUUUGCAUUUAACUUCAAGCACUUUAGCUGGUACUAUUGCAACAUUCUUGACCCAGCCUCUUGAUGUUAUGAAAACAAGAAUGAUGAAUGCUCCCACAGGAUAUUAUAAGAGUAUAAUGUCUUGUGCCAUAGACAUAGGUAAAAAUGGACCUUUUGGAUUUUUUAAGGGAUUUGUUCCAGCUUUUGUGAGACUGGGACCACACACUGUGCUAACUUUUGUAUUCUUUGAACAGAUUCGACUUAACUUAGGAGAUGAUCCCAAACCACAGUGAAUUUAUAAUUUAUUUUAUUAAAUUGGGCUGUGCUUAUUUUCUUGUUUAAUCUACCUACAGGUAGGCAUACAUUAAUUUCCAAAAUCAGUCAGUUUCAACUGAGUUGCUCAAUCCAUACAAGAAUUGUGUGUGAUGUCUUUCCAUUAGUGGUAAAGCUCUGAAUCUCUUGUAACUAACAUUACUUACAUAAAAAGAGUUAAAGUUGUGUUAAGUCAAAGUUAUCUUUGACAUUUAAAAUUUGAAGUGCUUUUUUUUUUCAAUUAUUUUUUUAAUGUGCUGAUAACUAAUUUUAUGAAAAAGUGAAAAUAUUUACAGUAUUCAUUAUUUUCUUAUCUUUCAUUUUGUAUCAGGUUAUCUUUUUUUUUUUAAUUAUUUUCAACGAUCUAUUAAUUCAUUAACCAAUUAGGAAAAACAUUAUUUUAUAACCUCUUUAACUGACAUAAAACAAAUAUUUUCUUGAAUUAUCUCUCAAUAGUUAUUAAUUACAUUGCAAAUGAUUGAAUUUUGAUAUUAUCACAAAAAUAAAGUAAGGAUUAGAUCUUCCUGUUCAUUAUACUAACUGUAUAUUUUUAUGUAUGUACCGGUAUAUUAUUUAUAUACAUAUAUAAAUAGUUUAUAUAAAUUUUAAGUGCUUUUUAUGACAUACAAAGUAUUAUGACUAAUCUUCCACAGUAUUUGAUGCUUUUAUUAACAUGUAAUCACUGGAUUAAUUUUUUUUUACAAUAGUUACAUUCUCAGUAGCUUAUUUUACGUUAACUGAUAAUACUAAAUGCAUCAUAAUUGAUGUCGAAAUGGUUGGCUUAUGUUGUAUGUUGUGACAUAGUCAGUUACCUGUUAGAUCUUUUUGUGUCACUAGUAUAAAGAUAAUCACUCAAUUCUUGUUAUAUUUGUUUAUUUAUUUAUUUUUUGCAAAGUUGUUAUAUAUCCAUUCUCUUAGUCUAGUGGUUCUUAAUCUUUUUUGACCCAAAAAACCCUUUAUACAGUCAAAAUUUGCCCAUGGAUCCCCUAAGUGAUAAUAAUAAUACAUAAAUGCAUAGUAUAUAAAUUACAAAUGUAAAGAUAAAAUUUUGUUGAAAGAGUGUUUAUUGAAUUUACAGAAUAAGAAGAUGGGAAACUUGUCUAAAACUUUUUUUUACGAUAUCCCAUAAUGCAGGAUAUAAAAUUGGAAUCUAUUUUUGAUACCAUAAAUUUGAAGUAUCAUUGUUCAAACAUUGGUUUUAAGUUUCUUGGGGUUUUGUUUUUUUUGUUUUUGCUAUUUCAAUAAGCUAUGCUCAAAAAGGCAAAAUACCAAGUAAGGAAUAUCCAAGUGAAUAAUGUCUUCAAAUUUUUUAUUUAGGUCAUCAUAGAAUAGUUUGUGAGUAGUAGCAGAAUAGAAUAGUAGUGAGAGGCGAGUUGAUUAUUUUAGCAAAGAAAUUAUCAAAAUUGUAUACAAUUUUCAUCUUUCUUGGGAUCCUCUAUGAUUGCCUGAAGGUCCCCUGACCACAGAUUGAGAACCACUGUCUUAAUCAAUACCAGUCAUAGCACUUUUGUUCAUGUAGUGCAAUUAAAAUCUUAAACAACAAACUCAUCUAAAUGCUAUCACAUUCAAGCAUCUAACUUGGCCACUGGUUUUGUAAUCUACUUUAAUCAAGGAAAUGUUUAAAGAUAUGCUCAAGUUAGAAAGUAUAUUUCAUUGCAAGUUCUUAGAUAUAUUUGAUAAAACAGGUAAUAAAUGUUAAGUCUCUUUUCUAGAAAAAGAUAGAAGCAAGGGUAGGCUACAUAUUUUUUUCCUUCGUACAUGUAAUGGCUACUAUUAGUUUUGUGUUAGUUUUAGGUGGUAUGAACAUUGAUUAGAAGACCUUAUCAGUUAUUAUGGAGCUGUCUAAAUGGAUAUUGAUUCCUAUUUCAUCAAUCAGUCAUACCAAAGUCAUACCAAAAUAUUUGUGAUUGAUCAUUGUACAAAGCUUUGAAUGAUUUAGAGGUAAUCAGAAGAAUGGUUGUUAUUUCUUUUUUAUGAUCCAUAUUUAAAUGUUAUAUUUGCAACCAUUAGGAAAAAAUAUAUAUAUAUAUAUAAUGUUUAAAUUCUUCAAGAAUAGGCUUAUUUUAAAAUGGUCAGAUUUCUUAACAAUAUGUGUUUUUUGUUUGUAAAUAUAAUGCAAAGAAUAAAAGAAUUUUUAAUCUAC